UCCCCGCAGCCGGCCCGCCCGGUGCGCAGCUCGCCAUGGCGGCCACCGACCUGGAACGCAUCUCGAAUGCAGAGCCUGAGCCCCGGAGCCUGUCCCUGGGCGGCCAUGUGGGGUUUGACAGCCUCCCUGACCAGCUGGUCAGCAAGUCAGUCACCCAGGGUUUCAGCUUCAACAUUCUCUGUGUGGGGGAGACUGGGAUUGGCAAGUCCACACUAAUGAACACACUCUUCAACACAACCUUUGAGACUGAGGAAGCCAGUCACCACGAGGACUGUGUACGCCUGCGGCCUCAGACCUACGACCUCCAAGAGAGUAACGUGCAUCUCAAACUGACCAUCGUAGAUGCUGUGGGCUUUGGGGAUCAGAUCAAUAAGGAUGACAGUUACAGGCCCAUCGUUGACUACAUCGACGCGCAGUUUGAAAACUAUCUGCAGGAGGAGCUGAAGAUCCGCCGUUCCCUCUUUGACUACCAUGACACGAGGAUCCACGUUUGCCUCUACUUCAUCACGCCCACCGGGCACUCCCUGAAGUCCCUGGAUCUGGUGACCAUGAAGAAACUAGAUAGCAAGGUGAACAUAAUUCCCAUCAUUGCCAAGGCUGACACCAUCUCCAAGAGCGAGCUCCACAAAUUCAAGAUCAAGAUCAUGGGCGAGCUGGUCAGCAAUGGAGUCCAGAUCUACCAGUUUCCCACCGACGACGAGGCUGUUGCAGAGAUCAAUGCGGUCAUGAAUGCACACCUGCCUUUUGCUGUGGUGGGCAGCACAGAGGAGGUGAAGGUGGGCAACAAGCUGGUCCGAGCACGGCAGUACCCUUGGGGAGUGGUGCAGGUGGAGAACGAGAACCACUGUGACUUCGUGAAGCUGCGGGAGAUGCUGAUCCGGGUGAACAUGGAGGACCUUCGGGAGCAGACCCACAGUCGGCACUACGAGCUCUACCGACGCUGCAAGCUGGAGGAGAUGGGCUUCCAGGACAGUGAUGGUGACAGCCAGCCCUUCAGCCUCCAAGAGACAUACGAGGCCAAGAGGAAGGAGUUCCUGAGCGAGCUACAGAGGAAGGAGGAAGAGAUGAGACAGAUGUUCGUCAACAAAGUGAAGGAGACAGAGCUCGAGUUGAAGGAGAAGGAACGGGAGCUCCAUGAGAAGUUUGAGCACCUGAAGCGAAUCCACCAGGAGGAGAAGCGCAAGGUGGAGGAAAAGCGCCGGGAGCUGGAGGAGGAGACCAAUGCCUUCAACUGCAGGAAGGCGGCCAUGGAGGCCCUGCAGUCCCAGGCCUUGCAUGCCACCUCACAGCAGCCCCUGCGGAAAGACAAGGACAAGAAGAAAUUUUGACCCUCAGCCCGGGACGCCACAAACUGAAGCGAGCGCCCUGCUUGGCUCAUCACAAAUGCCAAACUGACUGUCCUCUCCCAGUGCCCACCUUGCUGUCUUUGCUUCUGUUUGAUUUGGUCUGCGUAUCUUUUAAUGUGUCUGUUUUUGUUUUGUUUGUUUUAUUUUUAUUUUUCAGUUAAAGCACGCACAGACUUACAUGUCGAGAGCGGACUUUAGACUUUCAUGUGUUAAGUUGCUUGAGUUACACCUUGUGACCCUUCUCCCAUAACAUGGUGUGAGGAUGGACUGGGAGCCGGUACAGACUCCAGUGUUUACAACCUUGCCUUGUCCUUACCCGCUGGCCCCAGGCUGCCCGGGCCUGGCCGGCGCCCCUCUCUAUGCAAACGUGUCAAAGCCAUGAAUGCUGGAAUCCCAAACUGACGAGGUUUAUUUUUUCCAGAGCUGGUGGCUGGUCUUCCAUUUACAGUGUCACUAUUCCUUGACGGAGCAGUUACGUGCCGCUCUAGUGAUGGCCCCAGCCAGGGAUGCUAGGCCUAACUGUUCAUCGUCAAGCCGGCGGCGGCGACUCAUGUGGUGCCCUAGGCGUGGCCUGUGGUCUGGUAUAUACUCGCUGCAGAAUUCGCCUGUUUCCCCUUCAUUUUAAUUUUUCUAACCUAGAGCUUAAUUUCAAUAACUUUGAAACAUUUUCUAAAUUUUUAUUUUGGCACCAGUAUAAAGAAAAAUAAUAUCUAUUUUUCCCAUUAUUUUCAUAAGUAACACAGAUUCCCUGAUUUUUUUUUUUUUAAACUAAAAAGAGCUCUAAACCUUCUUACGCAGAAAACACUCCUAUGAUACACAGGGAGAGGUGGGAAAUAAAGUUCCUAUUCUGGCAGUGUUUGGGACUUCUUUACGGACUGAAGUGGACCCCGAACAAGACCACGCCCGGCGUUUUUACUGUGAAUGUAAAUGGAACAGCAGCCCAAAGCCCUUGUCUCUGACCUAGAGGUGCUACCUGUGACAGGGACCAAGUGCAUAUGUGUUAAGUGUCUGACUCCAAAUAAGCCGCCUGCUCCCAACCAGCGUGCUCAGUGGGGAGAAGGCCGUCAUGUCAAGGUCAUUGUUACUUCUUUCCUGGCCAAGUCAUGGGGUAAGGAAAUAAAGGGGUCUGAAGUAUUAGGACAAUUUGAGGUGGGGGGGAAGAGAGAGAGAAAGGAAAAACCAAAGCCUAGCGGCUAAGCUUCCCCUCUGGCUGUAGUUUCCAGGUGGACACUUUUAAGAAAGUGGCUGUCAGGUGUGAUGGGGCA